UGGUGCAUACCUUUUGAGUCUCUGCAACAUUUGUAGUUCGUUCUUGUCAGUUGUAGUCUUUUAUAUCUACUUUCCUCCGUUGUCCAUAAUGCCGAAGGCUCCUAACCCAAAGCCUUCAGAAAAGGCCAAGGAGGCUACGUCAGGUAAGAAGAAGAAUAUCCGAUUCAAGAAAAGUAUCAAGAAAUUGCCGAAUCCCAAGCCCAAAGAAAGGCUGCAUAUACCAGUAGCUCCUAAAACUCCUGAAGAAUUUUCACCUAACUGGAAAGCUUUGCAAAAGAUUUUAGCGAUGGACAAGAAGCCUAGUGCAGUCUCAUCUGGCUCCGCGAAGAAGCGCACCUUCAAGCCGCGAAAGAAGGAUUCCCCAACCAAAGGCACUGGAUCAUCAGCAAAGUGGAAAAAGACUACGCCUCCUGCACCUGCGCCACCGCCUCCACCGGAGGUUUGGUUUGAUGAUGUCGACCCGGAGCUGAUUGCCCGCUCUCAGAACAAAACUCCUAGCUGUAGCAGCAAGUCUGCCGGCGCCACGGCUGGAGGUAACGAGCGUGAUUCCAGUGACUUGUCAUCAUCGCUUAUCACCGGACCUGACAAAGAGGCUAGAAAAUACAUUGCUAUUGACUGUGAGUUUGUCGGUGUUGGCCCCAAUGGGAGUAAGAACGCCCUGGCGCGCUGCUCUAUCGUCAACCAUCAUGGUCAUGUGCUAUAUGAUACGUUUGUUCAGCCGUUAGAGGACGUGACUGACUUCCGAACUCGUGUCAGCGGUGUACGGCCUAGAGAUUUGAAAGAUGCACCAUCGCAGUCAACAGUACUGAGUGAAGUGGACAAGCUCAUGAAGGGACGCGUACUCGUUGGGCAUGCGAUAAAGAACGAUUUGAAGGCUCUGUACCUAUCCCAUCCUCAGCGAAUGAUACGGGACACACAGUGCUUCGAUAGGUACAAGAAACUUGUCAAGGGUGGUAAGCCAGGCUUGAAAAGGCUAUGUCGCCUUGUUCUCAACAUUGACAUCCAAUCAGGGGAGCACAGCUCGGUGGAGGAUGCACAGGCAACCAUGAAGUUGUACAGACUCCACCGACAAGAGUUUGAAAAGGAUUUGAAAACGUCGGGAAGAUGCCGAGGCCCAGUCAAGCAGAGGAAGAACGCAAAGGGACCAAGGAGGGAGAAACGUGGAGAGGCCGCAGAGCCUAUGUCGUGUGAUGGCAGUGGCAACAGCGGCGGCGAAUCUGAUGGUGGAGACAGUGGCAGCUGGUUGAGAUGAUGUGCUCCCGCAAACCAGCUGCAUUCACACCAGCUCACUAUGGAAUAGAGCUGUGCACUCUGCCAAUAGCAUUUGUGAUCACUGAAACAAGAUGGAGUAGGCAAGACAAGGCCACGGGCCUAGGAGUAUCCAGCACAGGCAUCAUCAGAGAUACAUGCACCGAGUCAGCACGUUGUUGUUUGUUUGUUUGUUUAUUUAGAUUUCGGAAGAUUAAACCUGUCCACACCCUAUGGUUAUUACUUCAAAGUAUUAUCUUAUUAUUUUAACAUACGAAGGUACCCAUGGCCCAAACCAUUUUGCAGGUGGUACCGGUAUGGACUGUGGAAGCACAACAUGAAACGUUAUGCUUGAUGUGGUAUACUACUGUAAUGUCAUGCACUGGUCAACUAAUUACUAAACUGGUUCCAGGCUGACAACUAGGGAUCCAAGUAAAAGCCACUCUAUAGAGAGCCCAUGCAUGCAUGCAGUAUGCUACGACACCCUGGUUGACACCUUUACUAUUACCGGUAUAUCACUAAAAAUGAAUAAUUGACACAAUA